AAAUGAAUGCAUAGCUGAUUACAGAUUGCGCCAUCCAUUCACCCACCUUCAAAAGCCAUUGUCGUUUCAAUCAGGCCGGCGCCAAAAGCCAUUUCGCUUCAACGCGUACAAACCAAUCUUCUAGAAUUUUGUAAGUGAAAAUGAGAUGAUGAAAAUGAAGCACCGAAGAUCCAUAACUCUUUAGAGCACACCUGAUUGGUCGCUAAAGCCUAAAAAGGGGAAAAAUUCGAAAUGAGCGGAGCUCGAUUGUGCGCUCUGCUCAGUGAAUUGGGAUACCAAGGCGCAGAGACGUUGGACCCUGACAGCUUUGAAUGGCCCUUCCAAUACGACGACGCACGCCCUAUACUAGACUGGAUCUGCUCCAGCCUCCGGACCUCCAACGUGCUAUCUGUCUCCGACCUUUCUCAGUAUGAGCAGUUUCUGCAAGAAGGGAAGCUAUUGGAGGGGGAAGAUUUGGACUUUGCCUAUGAUAGCAUUUCAGUAUUUUCUUCUGGAAGAGACAAUCAGGAAGCAGUUUUUGGAGCUGAAGAAGGUUUAAAAGAUAUAAGGGAUGCAACUCUGGCAUAUAGAGCUGAAGCUUUAGAGUUGCAGAGACAGCUUAUGCAUCUGCAGUCUCAAUUUGAUAUGCUCACUGGCCAGGCUUCUGCAUUGAUACAAGGGAGACGGGCUCGAGUUGCUGCGACAUCUACUGUCAAUGGACACCUCACAUCAAUAGAUGAUAGUCUUUCAGCACGAAAUUUACGAAUGAAUGAAGUGCUUGGAAGAAUUGCAUCUACAGCGCAAGAGUUGGCUCAUUAUCAUUCUGGGGAUGAGGAUGGUAUCUACUUAGCUUACUCAGAUUUUCAUCCAUACUUGCUUGGGGAUUCAUCUUGUAUAAAAGAAUUAAAUCAGUGGUUUUCUAAGCAACUGGACACGGGUCCUUUUCGACUGGUCGCUGAGGAGGGAAAAUCAAAAUGUUCAUGGGUGAGUCUUGAUGACAUCUCAAAUCUUUUAGUAAGAGAUUUGGAGAAAUCUCAUCACCAACGUGUAUCUGAGUUACAACGGCUUCGAUCCAUAUUUGGAACAAGUGAAAGACAAUGGGUUGAAGCCCAGGUUGAGAAUGCUAAGCAGCAAGCUAUUCUUGUGACACUUAAAUCUCAAAUAACUUCAGAUGAAGCUCAUAUUCAUCUUGAUCUUCACACUCUUAGGAGAAAGCAUUCUGAAUUGAUGGGAGAACUUUCAAAUCUUCAUCACAAAGAAGAGAAGUUAUUAUCCGAGACCAUUCCAGAUCUUUGUUGGGAGCUGGCUCAACUCCAAGACACAUACAUUUUGCAAGGUGAUUAUGAUCUAAAGGUCAUGCGCCAAGAAUAUUACAUUAACCGACAGAAAGCGUAUAUAAAUCAUCUAAUCAAUCAGCUUGCCAGACACCAGUUCCUAAAAAUGGCUUGUCAGUUGGAAAAAAAGAACAUGCUUGGAGCAUAUUCAUUACUUAAAGUCAUUGAGUCAGAGCUUCAGGGGUACCUGUCAGCAACUAAAGGAAGAGUGGGUCGUUGCCUAGCACUGACUCAAGCUGCAUCUGAUAUACAAGAACAAGGAGCGGUGGAUGAUCGGGAUACUCUUCUGCAUGGUGUUAGAGACCUCUUAAGCAUUUACUCAAAUUCUCAAGCUGGAUUAUCAACAUAUGUAUCAGCCCCGGGCAUUAUACAGCAGAUUUCUGCUCUUCAUUCAGACUUGAUGACCCUGCAGUCUGAUCUUGAAAAUUCUCUUCCAGAGGACAGGAAUAGAUGCAUUGAUGAACUGUGCACAUUUAUUCAGAGUUUACAGCAACUACUGUUUGCAUCAUCAACUACUGCACAACCAAUAUUGACACCCCGGCUAUUGAUGAAGGAACUCGAUGAAAUGGAAAAGAUAAAUGCAAAACUCUCUGUUGCAGUUGAAGAGGUGACGCUUGAACACAAUAAAAAGAAUGAGAUUGUAAAACACCAUUCGCAAGAGGUUGGACUUCAACGGCGUGUAUUUGUCGACUUCUUCUGCAAUCCUGAACGGUUGAGGAGCCAAGUCAGAGAAUUGACUGCACGAGUUAGAGCCUUGCAAGUUUCUUAAUCCAUUCAUUCAUUUGAUGAUUCCUGUAUGUAUCUUAAAUCAUUCUUUUUCUUCUCUUCUUCUCCCGCCAACCAAAAACGGUGAGAAUGGUGAAAGAGACUACUGAAUCACCGCAUGUAUGUAUAUUUUGUCCAUCUGGUGAAAGCUGCUGCUAGAAAGGGUAUCAUGAUUCCACAUUAUUAGCUUCUGUUCUUUACAAAUGCCAAAAGCUUUUUAUUAGAGAAGGAACAUUCUAGAAAUUUGUUACAAUAUUAUCAUCUGUACAAACCCUUGUUAAGCUGGCUGCAAAUGAUGCUUCGAUUCGCGAUAA